UGGAACUAUGCGGGCAGCCACGCUACGCGCACGUGAUUUUGAGUUGCAUUGCUGCGCGGAUGCACAUGCUGGUAAAGCACGUUCAUGAAAUGCACAGAACACGGCAGAAUCAGUCCUUUAUAUAUCACUACUCACUGUAGUGUCCUGGGAAAAAGGUUCUGAAUAGCACUUGUGUUGUGUGACAAGUAUCCCUCUAGCAUUCAUGUAAAUUGUCACUGUUUAUUCACUAGAGCCUUAACAGUUCACACAACUCAUAUGUGUCGCACUGUUACGAAAUGGUUCCCGAUCUGAAUAACCACAACAAACGUGCCUCAACAGUGUUACGUAUUUGGUGCGUUUGUAUGGGUAUUUUUAAGCAGGCAUUUAUUAGACGUCUCUGCUGACACAUUUUAUUCAUCGCACUAUAGUCAAAUUGUGUGUGACUGCACUGUUUAUGUGUUGUCGAUAACGCAUCGUCAUAGCACCGUGUCUUUUAGCGAAAUUAGUCACAGUUUUUGCCUUAAAUGUAGCAUGUCAUUAUGGUGCACUUCACUAUCUUCGUUUGUGCGCGCGUAAAAGUGUUUCAAUCGUUGAAGUAGGCCACAGGAAGAGGCUGGGAACGUUGGUUCAUCCCCCGUAGACUGCUACACAUCGUCCACAAACGCACCUUUCGCCUCACAGUGGCCCAUCUGCAGGCUCGAAAGUGAAAUGGCUUCAGAAUCUGAGCACAGUGGUGUAUGCCACGCACCUGGUGUAGACGCUGCAGUGCGGCAUACGAGCAUUGACCACUUGCCUGACGAGAUACUGAUAAACAUCUUCUCUCACUUGUCGUUCAGUGAGCUACUGGAUGUGGUACGGAAAGUGUGCCGUCGUUGGAGAAAGUUGUCAAGAGAUUCGAAGUUGUGGGCUGAUAAGGAAUACCAUGUCGGGGUCGCGAGGCAUUGCUACUCAAAGAACUGUAAGAGUGGCAGAACUGAACAGGAGGCAAUACGGAUCUUCUGCCGUGCCCGAAGCCUGCGUAAAGUAUACAUUUGGCGCACUGUCAACCGCCACCUCAUCGAAGUUCUCUGCAACAAAUGCCGGAGACUCACAGAUCUCCGUGUGCACGCCGCCCAGGAGCUCGGCUACUCAAUGGUGAUGAAUUUGGUCAAGCAGUGCUCCAGGAUACAGAUGCUGAGGGCAUCUGAUGAACUGCUGAAGACUGAGGCAGCUUCAGUGGCAGUAUCUCGUCUACAGCACCUCCGUGUGCUGCGUCUGCAAGAGAGACGUGUGUUAAAUACUCGUGUCGUGCGCCCCUUCAUGCUGCGACCUUUGGCUAUCGGGUGCCCCCGACUAGUAGAGAUUGACUUCGGGCGUUUAUCUGUCAAUAUGGAUGAUCUGAAGUACUUUAUGAAUGCCAAGAAGAACACCCUCAAGUCCUUACGAAUAAAGUGGUCAGUGGAUGGAACGAGGAGCCUCUUAUCGUUGCUGCCAGUAUACGUUGACAGCUUGGAAUGUCUGGAACUUUACGAGUACGACUUAGCCCGCGACUUAGCCAGAGAGGCGUUCACUACUGUCGGAAGCUUAAGGAACUUGCAGGAACUCUGGAUGUCCGUCCCUGAUCAAGUACCACCCGGAACAGCUGCUCUGGCUUUUACAAAUGGAGGACUGCAAGAACUGAAAGUGCUGGGUCUACCAUACGGAUGUGGCGUGGAAGAUAACACAGUAAUUGCCAUCUGCCGCGGAUGUCCCUCUUUGCGGCAGCUCUCCAUCACUCACACUAGAAAGCUGUCGCCUACUGCCUUCUCGGAGAUCGACCGUCUGGAACAUCUCGAAGUACUAGAUGUGACAGGUUGCAAAAGACUCGGCGGAGCCCUAUUCCCUCGCCUCGUCACGCUACCACGACUUCACACAUUGCGAGUGGGUGCCAUGUCUUUUGGUACCACGUUUUUUGGUACCAAGUAUGUUACAGGGUUGCAACCAGGUGUGACCAGCAUCCUCAAAUUGUCAGGUUUGCGCUGUCUGACAUUCGAUUAUUCGAAUGUUACUGGAAUGCCUUUUGAUAAGUUUCCAGAGAAUCUCGUCAGACUUAGGGAGCUGAGUGUCGAAGGGUGUGAAGGUGACCCCAAAGCCACAGACAGGCUGACUGAGCAGAUGCCCAAUCUCGUAAUUCGUGGCAGCAUCCAUGCUGCGCUACAGCUUUUCUACUUUGGGGCACCUGAAGACAACAGAGUCAAUGCAGACGAACGUUCGGAGAGUGACGAAGACAGCGACAGUGAUAGUAGCGUCGGCGGCAGUGACAGUGAGAGAGGGUGAGAGCAUUGCAUCUGUGUGUAUAAAAGUGAUGUGGAAUUUAUGGGAAAGUACAAUUGUCAGUACUGAUUACAUGCCUUGUCAACAUAGGAAGAAACUGUUUUGAAGGAAUAUAACAAGUAAUUUUGGAAAUGUAUAGAAGGAACUGUAAUGUUGUUUGAAUACUUGCUGUAAUAAUCUACAGUAAUGUUUGAUUCUUGUUGUAACAACAAUGGAUUUGCAAUGACAUCAUUUCUUUAAAUGAUAAAAUGGCAUCACUGAUCAUGUAGCAAUUUGUAAAUAGCAUUGACAAUGUUUUUUUGCAGUAAGUCAAAUUUAAAAACUUCUGUGUUAUUAUGAAUCUGUGAAACAAUAAUAAAUGAGAACUGAUAUUCUGUUA